AUGGACGACGAUAAAAAUCCUACUAAGACUGAUAUACUUACAAUACAGACUGCUAGCAAACAAAAAAAUGAUAACACAACAAAUAUAAUGCAAAAUACGAUUUUAAAUGAAGAAACAGAUAACACAGUUAAACAAAUUAUGACAGGAAAUGACGAUAGAAUGAAACAAAAAAUACUGGAUGCCAUUGCAAGCAUCGUGCCCACAGAAAGAGAAACACCAACAUGUGUAUCUGAAAAUAGAUAUCCGACUGCAGACUUACAGAUGAGCACCAAUGAAGAAACAACACCUGCUAAAAAAGAAAAAAUAUCGUUAAAUGAAGAUAUUGAACCUAAAAAUCAACUACCGCCUGCAGACGUACAGAACAGACUAAUGGAGAAAUAA